AUGGGCUGCCCCCGUGAACUCGACGUGGUGAGCCCAUUCGUGAAGCUGGAAGUCGUCCCUUCAACCUCCAACCCAGGCAAAAUCCACCUCCUCUGCUCCUACAACAACAAGUACCUAGAGGUGGCGCGCCACAGAAGCGACACCAAUGUCCUCUACGUCUCCGCCACGGCCGACCGCUCCGUCGAAGACCUCAACCUCUCCACUUCCACGCUGUUCACCACCAAGAUGAACCUUCCUAAAGGUGGAGUGGCCUUCUACCACGACGCCAGCCGAGCGCACGUUGAGAUCGACCCGACCAACGGCGUCGCCAUUGUGAGCUCCCCGACUAUGAUGCAAGUGUUUGACUUCUCCCCCUGGGAGUCUUACCCGGAGAAGGUGGGCCCCAAGAACGAGGAGAUCAGGAGGCUUGGUGACGCGCUGGCGCGGUUCACGGAGAGUAGUGAUGGCGGCGAGAGCAUCAGCCCGGCCGUGUUGAUUCGUGAGCUGAGGCAGGUGAUUGCCGAGCAGGACAGGCAGUUGGAGGAGUUGUACGACCAGAUUGGUGGCGGUGGCGGUGGUCGGAAGCCUGUGGUGAAACCCGCCGUGGCUGCCGGCUCCGCCAACUGA